AUGUCCAAGUCUUUGAAGAAAAUCGUGGAGGAGAGUCGGGAGAAGAAUAUACCCGAGGUGGAUAUGUGCGACAGGGGUGUAUCAAACAUGUUGGACAUUCCAGGGUUGUGUGAGUAGGGGCCUACCGUUGCUUUUUCAUGUCAUUUCCAUAUCUUCUUUAUAAAAAAAACAGUGAAAUAGUGCUUGAUCAUUAGUUGACAAGUAGAAUCAGGUGUACUUGUCUGGGGGGUACUCGAGGACCGGAGUUGGGAAACACUGGUCUAGCCCUGAAUUCCUAUUGGUUGUCUCUGGGGAUUAUACAGUAUUAGGCCUAUAUCAACAUCAGGCUGAUGAUGUAGCAGAUAAAUAAGAAGCAAAGCAGUGCCUAUGAUCACACUUUUCCAUUUUAGUCCAUACUAGCUUGAAUGCCAAAUGUGUGUAAUGUUGCCAAAUGUAUUUUUCAUAGUAACAUGUUACUUGGUUGAUGUUUGGAUUUGGUCAAAUUAAUAAUAAUAAACAGUGUACCCUACAAACUGCUGCAUGCAUCUAUAGGCCAAACACUAGAUUUGUAUUAUAGGAUUGGUCAGAUAGAAUCUUAUUUAAUUGAAUAGGAAUUUCAUUUUCACACAUUCGGUCACACUUUACAUGACAGUGACUUUGUUAGGCCUAAUUAUUCCUGUAAGUACAGUUGUAGUAAGUAGGCCUUUUGUAAGUAAUUCCUCAGAUAUGACAUGUCCUUUGUGUUUUUACUUUGCAGUCACACUGUCCAACAUUACCCAGCUGGUUCUGAGUCACAACAAGCUCACAAGUAAGUUCUGACUGUUUAUCUGUUGUUUAUUCAGCUGUGAAGCAAGCAGACUUAGACCCCAUCAUGUCCCUUCAGUCUUCACCACUUUGACCAAUGGUCCCUUAAAUUUUUUGGGGCACUGAGCAAAUGUUUGGUCUUGUGAGUGGAAACUUGAACUUUGUGAGACUUUUGGCAAACUUCUGGCGCAUUUACAGUGAACACUGAGACUGUACUCUUACAGUUUUAGACAGUAGCCAAUAGGCUAUUUGAGCAUAAUGUAGGCCUACCAACAAAACCAAUGGAACAAAUCCGAUAACAUUUUCACAUGGAAAUAGCUUUUGAUUUCUAUGAUAUAGCCUACAGUAGCCUAUAUGUGGUGUUCAAUGCAGGCCUAUUGCAUGAGACUUUUAAAAACGUUUUUACUUUAUGAAGGGCUUGACAUGAAUUAAGGAUUUUUUUACUUGGUCUGUAACACCAUGGGCCAAUUAGGUGACUGCAAAUUGCAUUGUAUUGUGUUGUAUGAUGCAAGAAACCACUUAACAAAAUAAAAUGUAUUAUUAUUACCAUACAGCUGGGGUAGGCAAGUCAUCUGCAUAUUGACUUAUUUGCAUAUUCAAGCCUGUCUCAAAAUACAACACUGCCCCUUUAAUUAAGACAUACGCUUUUUACCUGACUGGCAAUUCAAAGACCGCUUGAAAUGUAGCCUACACGUUUUGUGCUCUUGUAGGAAGCAGAUCAGAGCAUUGGUCUCAACCAUAGUUUCUGUCCAAUUUGGAUGUACUCUGAGUGUACAAAACAUUAGGAACACCUGCUGUUUCCAUGGCAUAGACUGACCAAGUGAAUCCAGGUGGAAUCUUUGAUCCCUUAUUGAUGUCACUUCUUAAAUCCACCUCAGUCACUGUAGAUGAAGGGGUGGAGACCCGUUAAAUAAUAACAAUAAUAAUAUGCCAUUUAGCAGACGCUUUUAUCCAAAGCGACUUACAGUCAUGCGUGCAUACAUUUUUACGUAUGGGUGGUCCCGGGGAUCGAACCCACUACCCUGGCGUUACUAGCGCCAUGCUCUACCAAUUGAGCUACAAAGGACCAUUCUUUAAAGGAUCAUUUAAAGAAUGAUUUUUAAGCCUUGAGACAAUUGAGACAUGGAUUGUGUAUGUGUGUCAUUCAGAGGGUGAAUGGGCAAGACAAAAUAUUUAAGUGCCUUCGAACGGGGUAUGGUAGUAGGUGCCAGGCACACUGGUUUGAGUGUGCCAAGAUCUGCAAUGCUGCGGGGUUUUUUUUCCCGCUCAACAGUUUCCUGUGUGUAUCAAGAAUGGUCCACCACCCAAAGGACAUCCAUUGACACAACUGUGGGAAGCAUUGGAGGGCGUACCUAAUAAACUUGCCACUGAGUGUAUAUUAUUGAAAGAGUGAUUUUUACUAAAAAUUACAUACAUACACAGCUAUGAAUAGGGUGGCGCACAAUUGGCCCAGCGUCGUCUAGGUUUGGCCGGGGUAGGCCGUCGUUGUAAAUAAGAAUUUGUUCUUAACUAUUUGUAAGUCGCUCUGGAUAAGAGCGUCUGCUAAAUGACGUAAAUGUAAAUGUUAACUGACUUGCCUAGUUAAAUGAAUAGCAACUCCUCAUGGGUGUGAAAUCUAGCUUAAUACCACUAGAGGGCGCACUUGUGUUGUAGUACUUAGGUUAAAAGGCCCACUUUCCCAGAUGAGCAUUGGAGACCAAGGCAUUUUUUAAAUCUUUUUUUAUUUUAUUUUUUUCUAGGGGGUAGAUCAUCUUUAAUAUUGCAGAUAGAUUGUAACUUCCAUUAAUGUAAUUGUCUGCAUCACUUCCAAUCCCCCAUAUGUUUUUAUUUUCUUCUUUUUUCUCGCAUAUAUAUAUAUAGAUAUACAUACAUAUAUACGCAUAUACACACAUAUCCUUUAAAAAUAUAUAUAUUUCCCUUUAUUACUUUCCAACCCCACCAUCCCUUCCCUAAUUGGAGUAAACUAGUGAACAACAAUGCUUAGGCCUCUACUUCAUGCUUAUACAUACUAUAUACAUUUUAUGGACACAGUCAAUCAUUAUAUUUUGUUUGUUUUUACUCCUGAACUUCCUCCGAUCAUUUUCAUGAUGCCCAUUUGGUAUGCUUCUAUAUGCCAUAUCUUUCUAACUGUGCUCUUACACAAAAGCUCACAAUAUAUAACCUAUAUACUUAUUAUGGACACAGCAUGUCUUACACUAGUUAUCUUGUUAUUAGUUGUUGUUAUUAGUCCCAUCCUUCAGCUCCAUUCAACACCUCCCAUCUAUCUCUUAACACCAUCCAUAUUUUCAACUGUACUGUGAUGUUUUACAAAAGUUCUGAACCUUUCUAUUCUCAUUGUUUCUACAGUUUGUGAAUUGAAAAUAAACAUUUUUGCUAAAAGUAUUAUUAUAUUAUUGAUCGAUUGACUAUGACUUUUCAGAUCACCCAGUAGUGCUAUCUGCAGGGUCAGCUCCAUGCAAAUAUUGCAAUCCUUCAGCCAUUCCUGGAUCGGUGUCCAGAAACAAGCUACAAAUGGACAGUACCAAAACAAAUUAUCUAAUGAUUCUGUCUCUUCACAGCCAAAUCUGCAGAGCUGGGAAGAUUGUAUCCCCAUACAAAUAACAUUCUAUUGGUAGCAAGAUUUUUAUAUAAUAAUUUAAAUUGAAAAAUGUUUUGAAUCCGGCGUCGUUUUGCGUAUCAGUUCAUAAACACUAUGCCAUGGAAUAGGCAAAAAUCUCUUCCCAACUAUUUUGCAAUCUAUAUGGGACGGCUGUCAAUCUUUUGGUCCUUAAAUGAAACUGGUAUACUUUUUUAUUUAUCACAAUUUUCUUUAACCAAUUAUGUUCUUUAAUGGACCGACAGACAAGUUCCUUACUUUUUCCUCCUUCCACUUUCCUCUUCCAUUUUUGCAGUAGACCAAGGCCUUUGUUGUCAGCUUGAAAGACACAUUCCGCUCAUGAGUCAGUUAACUUCUGUGUUUUAAUUGGGGGUGUUGACAAAGUAUGCAUUUACUUGAGGAUUUCUAUUUAGGAUCUCAAAGCCUAUGGUUCAUGGUGUUAAGAGUUAUGAGAAAUUAAAGAAGAACACCAUUUUAAGUAGCUAAUAUGUUUAUAUUACAUUGUUAUUGCAUUAAUAUGACAUAAAGCCAGGUAACAUAGCAACGUAAUCACAAUGAGUGAGGCAGAGAAUCAUGUCUAUGUCUGUUAACUAGUAUAUCAUCUGUACAAGAGUGUAGUUCAUUUUGGGACAAGCCCACUAGGGAUUCACGUGAAACAAAUGAACAAAACAAUCACAAGAUCUCUCUUGGCAUCUUCAGUCAGGUUGGGCUGAUAUUGAAACUACUUCAGACACUAGGUACAAAUCUAACUACCUGCAUCAUGUUGGCACAUACUUUUAUCUCAUACCGCUGGUAUCUUGAGUUUCCUGUUCUGUUCCUCACCCUAAUCCCCAUUUUAAGAUGUCACACAUUGAGAUUACACCCAUUAUACAUUUCUCUCUCCAUGCUAUUUAUAGCAGAAGAUCAGAGACUUGUUUUGGGAAUAGCUAAUUAACAUUAUCAUCCAUGCCCAUUUACCUGCAGGUGUUCCAGGUGCGCUCAUCUGAUCCGUCUGUUAGCCGUAAUAUUCAUAGCUGUAUCUAUUUAGUUUUUACACAGUAAAUCACUGUAUUGUAAAUAUGGAGAUGUGGUUUAUGGCUUUACUCUUCAUCUUAGCGUACCUCUACUGUGUUUUUCCCUUCUGUCCCCUCUGUGGCUCUGGUCUUGUCCUGCCUGCUUUAAAGAGCUCACAGAUAUAAAAGAUAGCGUGCCGUCUUUUUGAACUUUUCAAGGUAGUCAGAUAUUACAGUGACAUUUGGAAAGUCUUUCAUUAGAGAGGAGGAGGAGGAAGGUGAAUGGAAGGGUGAGCAGGGUGCUUACUUAGCCUAUGGGAGGAUGAGAGAGAGAGAGGCAAAGAAAGAGAGGGAGAGGCAUAGGUAGAGAGAGGGAGCGGGAGAAAGAGGGAAAUGAGAUGGCUGUUGCUGCUUAGCCAAAGGUUGGGACCAUUUCCCUGGCUGACAGUCUUAACAUGUCUCUCCCCUAUUACCAUCAAUCCAUCUAUCUGAUCAUUAACAACUCCAGAGUUUCACAGGGUCCCCCUGCAGGCUACACCAACCCAACCCAGCCUCCUCUUCACACACACUCAAUACCACACACUUAAUAUUACACGCACACACACUAUUCUCUCUCUCGCUUGCUCUCUCUCCCUCUCCCUCUGAUUUAUCUCCAUUAAGACAAGCAAUUAAACACAAUUAAGCAUAAGUGUUAUUUGUAGUACGAAAUCGUAUCGUCUUUAGCAUACCUAAGAGUUGAACUUUACUCACAUGAAUACAGGGCCGGUGUAGUAAAUUAAUAAAGUGUGUGAAGAGAUCACUAGAGAGUGUUGUAUGGAUUGAGGCGUAGGCCUAUAUCUGUAUGGCCAGGUCCAGUUCUCUGUGACCCUAUGUUCUCUCUGCAUUGAUUCAGUGGACAUUCGCAGGUCUAUUGAGACUGAGCCUGAAUGGAAUUGAUUUUGUUGUGCGGGGUAAACCACUGGGAUACAUUUACAUUUUAGUCAUUUAGCAGACGCUCUUAUCCAGAGCGACUUACAGUUAAGUGAGUGCAUACAUUUUCAUACUGGCCCCCUGUGGGAAACGAAUCCACAACCCUGGCGUUGCAAACGCCAUGCUCUACCAACUGCGCUACAUCCCUGCCGGUCAUGCCCGCCCCUACCCUGGACGACGCUGGGCUAAUUGUGCGGCCGGCUAAGACAGAGUUUGGAUUCGAACCAGGAUCUCUAGUGGCACAGCUAGCACUGCGAUGCAGUGCCUUAGACCACUGCGCCACUCGGGAGACUAGAUAGAGAGAAAUGGACUCUAAAAGACAGCGACUAUAAUACAGCAGUCUUUUAGUACUCAAGUCUAGGGCUCGGAAUCGAGUCACGAUUUUUCAGGACUCAACUCUAAAUCAAUCAGUAAUGACAUGGAUUCAGACUGGACCAGUUGUGACUUGGAUUCAGACUGGACCGGUUGUGACAUGGACUUGGAUUCAGACUGGACCGGUUGUGACAUGGACUUGGAUUCAGACUGGACCGGUUGUGACAUGGACUUGGAUUCAGACUGGUUGUCAAAGUCUCUCUCCCUGGUAUACUGUAAUUCAACAUGCUACUAAGCUUUAGUUACAGACUACAGAGAUGACACAUACACACACAAACGCACUAGGGCUGGGAAUUGGCAGGGACCUAACCGUACGAUAUUAUCACAAUACAUAGGUGCCGGUACGCUAAGUAUUGCGGCUCUCAUGAUUCCCACGAUUCUAUAUUUAUGAGAUUCGAUAUUGCGAUUUGAUCUUCCAAUCAUGUUUCUCACUAUAUGUCUGCUGCAGAGAGUGAAGAGAGAGCAUGAAAAAAAUAGUUUUGAUCAGUCAUGGAAAUAAAAGUGCUGAAAACUAUUUUGAAAAAGAAGAUGGAGAACAAGCUAUAGGAUAAAAAAUACAGGAGUUUUGGCGCAGCUACAGCCAACUAGUGCUAGCUAACGAUACCUAGUAAAAGUAUCGAUAUAAUAUCGUCCUAAAUAAUAUUGCAAUAUGUAACUGUAUUAAUUUUGUCCCUCAUCACUAAAACACACACCCCUCAAAGACUAUAGCCUUUGUGACAUGUUGUCCCUGUGAUAAGGUAACAGUAUGCCAGGGGCACAUUCAGUCACGCUGAUCUCCCCAGGGACAUUCCUGUCAUGUACACCUGGCCUGUUCUGUUUGUGUACACACUGUCCGUUUCUCCAUCCCUUCCAAACAACGCCCCUAUUGACCAGCCCUCUAAUCGGAUAGAGGCAUCAUCUCUUUAGCUCCCCAUCGAUCUCUGUCCACCUCUCAAAAAUGGACUUGAGGAGGGGGAGGAUAAGGGCGAGAGGGGAAAAUAGGGGGAGGUGUAGGGAACAAAAGAAAUGGCCCCAUCAUUAAAAUGUCAAACCUCUGCCCUGGUUGCCCUGGCCAUAGAGCAGCUAAUUGAGCCAUCAAAGACAGACGGGGUGCUAAUUGGCUCGUUAAGACAGGGUGGUUCACACUACCAUCAGCCUGACUAUAGCGGUUCUUCAGGUGGUCGUAGUUUGACUCCGUGGUCGUAGUUUGACUCCGUGGUCGUAGUUUGACUCCAUGGUCGUAGUUUGACUCCGUGGUCGUAGUUUGACUCCAUGGUUGUAUGUUUUAAAGUGAUGAAAGCGUAUGCAAUGUCCAAUAACAAUUAAAAGGCUGGGAGGAAAAAAUACUGCUGGUCUGUAUUUUUAUUCCAUGUUCUCUCUCUCUCUCUCUCUCAGCCAUUCCUGCCAAUGUGGCUGACUUGAAGAACCUGGAGGUUCUCAACGUGUUCAACAACCAGAUAGAAGAGCUGCCCACUCAGAUCAGCAGCCUGCAGAAGCUCAAACACCUCAACCUCGGGUAGGCCACCUAAUGUUUUUUUUUUUUUUGUGCAGUCCUGUGUGUGAGUGACUGUGUGGAUCUUGAGCUAUGCCUCUCCUGUAUCCUCAUUCCAAGCUCACAAAGCCUACUUUGUCAGACAGGUGAGAGGAAGAGAGAACUGUUAAUUUUAACACUUGUUUAUUUGCUGGUCUCUCUUUCCCUCAGGACAUGGCUGUAUCUCUGUGCUCAACUGAAGUGCUGUUGUCAGGGCAGGGAUCCUGUUAUUUUCUUAUCUCUGUUUCUGGCACAAAUUACUUCACCCCUGUAAUUUACCCACACAAACCCUCCAGUACGACUGGCCUUAACGCUUUACCCAUCACUUCACAGUAGUGGAAUAAACCACUAUCAACCAGUAUGCACACAUUUAUCCUAGAACAAUUUAGAUCACACAUCUGGCUAAUCAGUGUAAGAAUACGAGCAUAUGCCAUCUCUUCAUAUGUUGAUCAGUCGAUCUACACUACCGUCCAAAAGAAAUGUCCUUGUUUUUCUUGUCCAUUUAAAUAACUGAAAAUUGAUCGGAAAUACAGUGUAGACAUUGUUAAUGUUGUAAAUGGCUAUUGUAGCUGGAAAUGGCUGAUUUUGAAUGGAAUAUCUACAUAGGCGUACAGAGGCCCAUUAUCAGCAACCAUCAGUCCUGUGUUCCAAUGGCAUGUUGUGUUUGAUAAUCCAAGUUUAUCAUUUUAAAAGGCUAAUUGAUCAUUACAAAACCUUUUUGCAAUUAUGUUAGCACAGCUGAAAACUGUUGUGCUGAUUAAAGAAGCAAUAAAACUAGCCUUCUUGAGCAGUGGCGGCUCCUGAAAAAAUUCUCAGGGGGGGCAAUUUUUCUGAUGAUUUAGGUGACCUACACACAUUUAAAAAAAUAUAUGUCCAGCAACAACAUGAAGACAGGGGCAGCAUAUAAGUCAAUACUGAUAUACACAUUACUUGCUUCAAAAAGGCCUCAUGGUUGAAUUGGAAAUAUGUGCACCUGAGCAUAAUUCACAACAAGCAAGCAGGAGCUUUUGAUAGAGGCUACUGAAAACAUUGAUGCAAGUUAUUGGUAAUAAGAAAUUUUUAUAGACUUCCAUAUUCUGCCCUCUUGUAUAGAUUUGUGAAAAUGAACAGUGAUAGACAUUUUGCCUGAAAACAGAAUUUGAAAAUAAUUUCUAGAAAAGGUAAACACAGCUAUCUGUAAGGCUUUGUAAAAAUGAACAACCAUAUUCUGGCCAAUUGUAUAGAUUUGUAAAUAUGAUGAUGUCUCCUUUCAUGCAUACAUUUUCAAAUAAAGCUCUGCUUUGAGAAAGAUCGAAUGAUAUUGUUUAAUCUUACCUUAUGGCCUGCACACUGCUUGUGAAGCUGUCGAGGGCACGUUUGAUGAAGACUGCAUCGAUGUCCUUCUUCUGUAGCUUCUGGUACAGAAUGUCGACGUGGGGCAUGAUUUUGUGAAAAAGCCCCAGGAAAAAAAUAAAAUCUUCUUGCUAUCUAUGUACCUCAGCACAAGCACCAGCUGUGUCUGUGUAGAAACGUCCGUGGUCUCGUCAGCUUGGAUAGCUACGAAGUUCGCCGACUUCACCUCCUCCACAAUAUGUUCCCUCAUGACCGCUAGCAUACACUCCAGUAGCUCGUUUUGAAUGGUCUUUGAUGUGCCCUUGAAAACUUUAGCAUUUUUAAGAUGGUCAUCAAACACCUCAUCUAAUUGUGCCACAAAGUUGACAAGUCCAAGAAAAAUACCAGGGUUGGUGGAGCCCUCCGUUUCAUCUUUGCCUCGCAAAGCUAACUCAAACACUCCGCAAAACUUCACACACUGGAUUAGCCGGCUGAGGAUGUGGCGGUUCUUGCUAACCUCCGUUGUGGCGGCGGACAGCUAGCCUGUAUCCCUCAUCCAGUUGAGUGGCAAUGUUCACUCUCCCCAAAGCAGACAAUCUCAAACAGCUAUCCAUGUGGGUCUUUGACAGCCCAAUUUUUGGAAAAUCCUCGGGUGUAGGACUUUCCCCCUUUAGUAGAAACCUGUUGAAUUAUUAAAUUUGGUCUGGGAGGUCCUAAUUGUUUCGUUGCCAAUUUAUCUUGAUUUGUUCGCCGACAAAAACGAACUUCUUUCAAAGAGACAAUCGAGUUGCACUGAACGCUAGCCAUCUUGAUUGACGCUGCUACCCGCUCUUUUCUUAGUUAUGUUACGUAUGACGAAAGCGCGUAAGUGCAAGCCCUCCCGGAACCCAUAGAGAUUGUAUUGAAGCUCUGAUAUUUGAAAAAAAAAAGAUUUUACAUGAGAGGCUAUGAGACACUUCUGGGCGAUUUUCAACCUGACUGAAAUCGCCCCAAAACGGGCGGGCCAUUUGAAGCACGACUUUAGCCUGAUUGGACAUUUAGUGGCAGAUCAGACGUCUAGAUUAGAACACUAAUAACUACUGUUGCCAUGAUAUAAUUGAUUAGAAAAAAAAUCCCUUCCUUUUCCCGUUUGGCAGUGCGUCGCCCAUAUCGCCCUAAUGAACACACCGCCCCUGUUCUUGAGACUAGUUGAGUAUCUGGAGCAUCAGCAAUUGUGGGUUCGAUUACAGAAUCAAAAUGGCCAGAAACAAAUAACUUUCUUCUGAAACUCGUCAGUCUAUUCUUGUUCUGAGAAAUGAAGGCUAUGCCAUGUAAGAAUGGUGUGUGUGUGUGAGGCACAGUGUGUAACUAGCUAUUUGUUAAGACAACAUCAAGAGGCUCAGAGACAGCUUCAUAUUGUGUGUUUCUGUCCUCUUAAAGGAGGAACACAACUUGUUUUCUCCUCCUUUGUUUCCUACUCUCAUCCAG